GUCAGACAGAGAAUUUAGAAACUGUCAAAACACAGCAGUAAUACCAACUACGUCUCCUAUCUAUUCUUUCUUUUUCCGGUCGCCACAAUGGGUAUUGAUAUCAGCCAUAAAUACGAUCGCAAAGUUCGCAGAACUGAGCCGAAAUCCCAGGAUGUUUACUUGCGCCUUCUUGUCAAGUUGUACCGCUUCCUGCAGCGUCGUACCAACAAGAAGUUCAAUCGCAUCGUCUUGAAACGGCUCUUCAUGAGCAAAACUAACCGCCCACCAAUGUCUCUGCAGCGCGUUAGCCGUUUCUUCAAGAAAGCAGCUCAACCCGAAGCUACAGUUGUUGUCGUUGGCAGCAUAACCAAUGAUGUGCGUCAAUUGGAAGUGCCCAAGAUGACGAUUUGCGCUUUGCAUGUUACGCAAACAGCUCGCGAGCGUAUCAUUAAGGCUGGUGGCAAAGUUUUGACUUUUGAUCAACUUGCACUUAAAUCUCCCACUGGCAAGAACACACUACUUUUGCAAGGUAAACGUACAGCACGUACCGCAUGCAAACACUUUGGUAAGGCUCCUGGUGUGCCACACUCCCACACCCGACCAUAUGUGCGAUCAAAGGGUCGCAAAUUUGAACGUGCUCGUGGUCGUCGUUCCAGCUGCGGUUAUAAGAAGUAAACAAUCUUAUUUGUACGUCUAUGCGUUUAAGUUAUAAUAGAUUGUGUAGAACCGCGCUAUAAGAAUUUGUGGUUAUAUAUAGUGCAUAUAUCAUCUCGCGCUAUAUAAAUAAUACAAAUAAAAAUAAUUACUUUUAAUGUUUUCCAAACGUAAAA